CCUGCUCGAUCGAAUUCAAGUAACAUCAUAUACACUUCGUCGAUAUGGCCACCAUCAGCUUCGCUUCAGCAGGUCCUUCUCGCCUCGCCAACGCCGUUCCCCGGCUCCUCUCGAGAGCAGUCGCUUUCCGGUCCAACAUGAUAGCGGUUCGACCGAUUGCUCAAAGCUCGAUCACUGUCAUCUCCGCCAAUCCUGCUGCCGAUAUGGAAAGCUCCACUAGCGUUCAGUCCUCCUUACGAUCCCUGGUCGACUCCCUGGUCGAACUCUUCCCGCCUUUUCUCCUCGCGGUCCCGAAGAAGAAGGUUUCCCAUUCGAGGAAGAGCAUGAGAAGCGCUCACAAAGGAUUGAAGAACAAGACGAACAUCACGCUCUGCCCGGGAUGCGGAGCACCCAAGCUGUCACAUAACCUCUGUCCCGAGUGUUUCUCGCAAAUCAACCGGAGAUGGAAGCAGGAAGCUCGCCAGGUCGGGUCAUCAACAGCCGAGGCUACAUCUUAGCCCAACCCGUAUUUCGACACUAUCCUUCCCCUGAGCUCUCAAGACAUCUCCCCUGAUGCCGUUAUCGUAAAGCGGCAUAUGUAUCAUUACCCUUCGCAUCCUAAUCUUCCGUAUAGACCUCUUCCGAUCUUGUUUUGGAGGCAGGUGGAUGUGGCCGUCACACAAUCAUACAUGAGAU